UGGUGUGUGUGUGUGUGUGUGUGUCAGUAAUGAUGUCAUACAAAUAACGUUCAUGUUGUCAUCAUCAUGCUCGCGUGACGUCCUCGUGCCUCCAUUGCUAUGCGCACAUCACCAAAUGCAUGUCGUUUGUGUGUGUGUGUGUGUGUGUGUGUGUGUGUGUGUGUGUGUGUGUGUGUGUGUGUGUGUGUGUGUGUGUGUGUGUGUGUGUGUGUGUGUGUGUGUGUGUGUGUGUGUGUGUGUUAACAGUGAAAGUGCGUCCAUGACUGUAUUUUGCAAUGCCGAUCAGUCGUCACCGAGGAUUUAUGUCUUGAGCGAGUGCGCCCCCUGGUGGCAGUGAGCAGCAUUGGUGUUGCAAUGAGUUCGUGCAGCAGCCGGGCGUUGACCAUCCUGUCCACGGUGUUCGGGGCCUGUGGGUUGCUGCUGGUGGGCGUGGCCGUGUCCACAGACUACUGGCUCAUCAUGGUGGAGGGCGUCAUCCUGCAGCAGAACCAGAGUAUGGAGGUCAAGAUGGCUCUGCACUCGGGCCUCUGGAGGGUUUGCUUCGUCGCCGGGUCAGAAAACGGGCGAUGUGUAGCGUCCGAGUACUUCACUGAACCUGAAAUCGAGAUCACCACAGAAAACACCGCAAACAUCCUCAAGAUGGUGCGCACCGCCACUCCCUUCCCCAUGGUGUCGCUGCUCUUCGUCUUCACCGCCUUCGUCAUCAGCAACAUCGGACACAUCCAGCCUCAGAGGACCAUCCUGGCCUUCGUCUCCGGAAUCUUCUUCAUCCUCUCAGGCCUGAGUCUGGUGGUGGGCUUGGUGCUCUACAUCUCCAGCAUCAACGACGAGGUGAUGAACCGACCCAGAGAACCCGAGCAGUUCUUCAACUACCACUAUGGCUGGUCCUUCGCCUUCGCCGCCUCCUCCUUCCUGCUCAAAGAGGGCGCGGGUGUGCUGUCCGUCUACCUCUUCAUGAAGCGCUACGCCGAGGAGGAGAUGUACCGCCCCCACCCGGCGCUCUACCGCCCCCGCCUGUCCGACAGCAGUGACUACAGCGGCCAGUUCCUCCACCCGGAAUCCUCCUGGCCUCCGCCGCAGCGAGGCCGCAGUACCUCGGAGGCGUCCAGCGACAUCUCCAUCCAGCUCAACCGACCGCCGCCGCCGCCGCCGAAAAGCGGUGCCUCCAAGGCCGGCCGGGGCAGCCCGCCGCCCGGGCCUUCGCCCGCCUACCCCAACCCCCCGCCGCCACCGCCAUCUUCCGGGCACACCCUGCCCAGGUCGCCUCACCCCCAAGGCCAGGCUCUGGCGAUGCCGCCGCCGCACGUGCCGCCCCCCCACUACCACGCACACAUGCACAUGAGCGCAUCCCCAUGUUAAAAAGGUGUGGCGUUCAGGAGCAGGAAGGACUGUUCGGACAUUUGACGCACGCCGCCAAAACAUGGAGCCUUUUGACUCCAUGGAAUGUGACUUCAUCAUCUUCUUACAUCAUCAGCGCGUCUUUAUUUGUCACCGCCAUAGGAAAAAGGGAUUCAUUCAGCCCGGUUUACCCGACACAUGAAACGUGACGAAUUAGGGCGGUCGCACUAUCCACUUUAUACUGUAUAUCCUACAACGUGUUUUGUGACGAUUCCAACUUUGACCACGACCGUGUAGCGUGACGCUUUCCAUCAUUUCCAACAGACUGCAUUGCAAAAGGAUUAACCCUCCUCCUCUUAUGCGAGAUCCACCCAGGAAGGGGGGGGCGUAUGGACUAUGUUGCUUUGAAGGGAAAGCACUCAUGACUAGAUGAAGCAAUUUCCCACAAGGAAUUGCGUGUGAAUGCUCCAAUGCUGACGUUGAACUGAAAUCCUGGAAUUUGUUUCGAAUAGUUGAAGUAGAGCACACAAUUCCCGAACAGGGUGAAUAUUUUGAAGUUGGAACAGUUUGAAUCAAAUGAAAAAUGUGGGAAUUGUGAAACUUUGAAGAAUGUCCCAUUGAUUUCAAUGGGAAUUUCCCAAAAAUUUGGGAAUUUCGAGAAAAGCGGGAAUUUUUUUGAAAAUUUUCUGAAUGAGUUGAACUGGUUGGUGUUGGAAUUUUUUCAAAUCAGUCGAGAAAUGUUAAAGUAGUCACAUGUUUAAUUCAGAAAUGGUUUUAAGGAAUUCCUGGAAUUUCUGGAAAACCGGGAAUUUUUCCAGUUCGAACAACUACUUCGUUUUUUGUCCUGAUUAAGAGGAAUGUUUUGACGGUGGAACGGUUGAAAAAUGUGGACGGAGUAGUCGACAGAAAAAAGGGUGGAAAUAGGGCUUUGGCAAACCAGGAGUUCUGGAAAAUCCUGGAAUUUUUUAGGACUUGGAAAAAAGGUAGUUUAAAUUUCCAGGGUGGUGGAAUAUUGAAUCAGCUGAAAAAUGUAGAAAUGGUGGAAGUUUGAUAAAUUUGCCAAUUUAUUUUUAAUGGGGAUAAUGUCCCUGAAAACUGAGAAUUCUUGAAAUUCCGGGAUUUUUUUUUAAAUUGUUGAAAGAGAGCACACAAAUGUGAUCUAAAAUGUGGGGGUUUUGGAACUUUGAAAAAUUUCCCAUUUAUUUAAAUGGGAAUUUCAUGGAAAUUUGUGAAUUUCAUGGAAAUUUCAGGAAUAGCUGGAAAUUUUGGGAAAAUGUUAAAUUACUUGAAUAUUCGAAAUGAGUUGAAAUGGUUGGUGUAACAUUUUUAAUUGAGAAAUGGUAUUAAGGAAUUCCUGGAAUUUCGGGAAAACCGGGAAUUUUUCCAAUUCUAAAAACAACUUUGUUUUUUGUCCUGAUUGAGAGGAAUGUUUUGACGAUGAAACGGUUGAAGUGGGUUGAAAAAUGUGGAAGGAGUAAGGGUGGAAAUAGGGCUUCGGCAAACCAGGAAUUCUGGAAAAUCCUGGAAUUUUGUAGGACUUGGAAAAAAGGUAGUUUAAAUUUCCGGGAUAGUGGAAUAUGCAAUCAGUUGAAAAAUGUAGAAAUGGUAAAAGUUUGAAAAAUUGCCAAUUUAUUUUGAAUGGGGAUAAUGUCCCUGAAAACUGGGAAUUCUUGGAAAUCCGGGAAUUUUUUUAAUUUGCUGAAAGUUUUUGAACACGCUGAAUAUUUUGGAGUUCAAACGGUUUGAAUCGUAUGAAAAAUGUGGGAGUUGUGGAACUUUGAAAAAUUUCCCAUUCAUUUCAAUGGGAAUUUCAUGGAAAUUUGUGAAUUUCAUGGAAAUUUCAGGAAUAACUGGAAAUUUUUGGAAAUUAAAAAAUUAAAAUAACGUUAAAAUACUUGAAUAUUCCGAAUGACUUGAAAUGGUUGGUGUUGGAACUUUUCAAAUCGGUCGAGAAAUGUUGAAGUAGUAAAGUUUUUAAUUGAGAAAUGGUACUAAGAAAUUCCUGGAAAUUCGGGACAACCGGGAAUUUUUCCAGUUCAAACAACAACUUCAUUUUUUGUCCUGAUUAAGAGGAAUGUUUUGACGGUGAAACGGUUGAAGUGGGUUGAAAAAUGGGGAAGGAGUAGUCGACUAAAAAAGGGUGGAAAUAGGGCUUUGGCAGACCAGGAAUUUUGGAAAAUCCUGGAAUUUUUUAGGACUUGGAAAAAGGGUAGUUUGAAUUUCUAGGAUGGUGGAAUAUUGAAUCGGUUGAAAAAUGUAGAAAUGGUGGAAGUUUGAAAAAUUGCCUAUUUAUUUUGAAUGGGGAUAAUGUCCCUGAAAACUGGGAAUUCUUGGAAAUCCGGGAAUUUGUUUAAAUUGUUAAAAGAAAGCACACAAUUUUGAACAUGCUGAAUAUUUUGGAGUUGGAAGGAUUUGAAUCCGAUAAAAAUGUGGAAGUUGUGGAACUUUGAAAAAUAUCACAACCAUUUCAAUGGGAAUUUGGGAAUUUCAUGGAAAUUUGGGAAUUUCAUGGAAAUUUCAGGAAUAGCUGGAAUUUUUUGGAAAAUGUUAAAAUACUUGAAUAUUCCGAAUGAGUUGAAAUGGUUGGUGUUGGAACUUUUCAAAUCGGUCGAGAAAUGUUGAAGUAGUAACAUUUUUAAUUGCGAAAUGGUAUUAAGGAAUUCCUGGAAAUUCGGGAAAACCGGGACAUUUUCCAGUUUGAACAACAACUUCAUUUUUUGUCCUGAUUAAGAGGAAUGUUUUGACAGUGAAACGGUUGAAAUGGGUUGAAAAAUGUGGAAGGAGUAGUCGACAGAAAAAAGGGUGGAAAUAGGGCUUUGGAAAACCAGGAAUUCUGGAAAACCCUGGAAUUUUUUAGGACUUGAAAAAAAGGUAGUUUAAAUUUCCAGGAUGGUGGAAUAUUGAAUCAGCUGAAAAAUGUAGAAAUGGUGAAAGUUUGAAAAAUUG